UUGGUUCAUUUCUGUUUGCCGCCUGUGCAAGAACAACACGCGUGUCAUCGGUCCCAAGCGUGACGGAUUGCUGUCUGUCUAUCACCACUUCGGGAUAUAUAACUAGUGUUUCUUGAUGUGUCUUGCUGUGUUGUGCUCUUCAUACAUAAGAACAUGAAUAGGACUUCUCCGCCGUACAGCAUCUCUGUGUCCUCUCUCGCUACGGAGGAGGAUGAGGAGGCGAACCCCAUCACCUUCAGCUGGUGCGGUGUGAACGUCUUCGCGCGGCCCAAGGGUGUCGCUGGGAAGAGGUACUUUUGGCAUAGGCGUGACGAAACCGCGACGCCCUCCGCUGAGACUCACAUUCUGAAGUGCGUGACGGGCGUGUGUCGUCCCGGGGAGCUGCUGGCCAUCAUGGGGGCGUCAGGGGCGGGCAAGACCACUCUUCUUAACGUUCUCACGCACCGUAACAACGAAAAGUUACGAAUCACCGGCGAUCUCUUUGUGAACGGCAGCCGCGUAGACCCUGACACCCUGACCAGCCGCUCCGCCUACGUGCAGCAGGACGACCUCUUCAUCGGCCACAUCACCGUCAGGGAGCAGCUCAUCUUUCAGGCCGCUCUGCGCAUGGACCGCCAUUUGACCCACGACCAGCGGCUGUUACGCGUCGACCACGUUAUAUCAGAUCUUGGCCUCAGCCGCUGCGAACACACGCGCAUCGGAACGCCAGGCGAGGACCGGAGAAUGUCAGGAGGCGAGAUCAAGCGGCUCAGUUUUGCGUGCGAGGUGCUGACCAACCCGUCGCUUCUGUUCUGUGACGAGCCCACCUCCGGCCUGGACUCCUUCAUGGCCCAGAACGUGGUGAGCAUGAUGAAGGGCAUGGCGGAGCGGGGCAAGACAGUGCUGUCCACCAUCCACCAGCCCAGCUCGGAGGUGUUCGCCAUGUUCGACCGCGUCUUGUUCCUCGCUGAAGGCAGAGUGGCCUUCCUCGGCAGCUGUGACGAGGCGCUGCGCUUCUUCGGCAAGCUUGGAAUGACCUGCCCGGCCCAGUACAACCCCGCCGACUACUUCAUUCACAAACUGUCGAUAGAACCAGGCCGCCAGGAGACGUGCAAGUACCGCAUCAACUCCGUCUGUGACACAUUUGAGCUUAACGAGCUGGGCAAGGCGGUGUUAGAAGACGUCAACGCCAACCAGAGACUACAGAACCACGAGGAUGACGUGUACGGCCGCCAGAAAGAGAACAAGUCGCCUUACAAGAGUUCGUGGUGGAAGCAGUUUCAUUGGGUGUUGUGGCGCUCUUGGCUUCAGACCAUCAGGGAACCACGUCUUAUCGGGGUUCGCUUCCUGCAGGGACUGGCCAUGUCGGUAAUACUGGGACUCAUGUACAACAGAAAGGGACCCUAUGUGGAUGUGAUGAGCAUUAACGGAUCUCUCUUUGUCAUCGUUAGCAACAUGACCUUCCAGAAUAUGUCACUUGUUAUUCAUACAUUUUGCACUAAUAAGGAACUGUUUCUUCGGGAGCACCACAACGGCAUGUACCGGCCAGACGUGUACUUCCUGUCCAAGAACAUCGUGGAGGCGCCAGUGUUCACUCUGUACGCCAUCAUGUACACCUCCAUAUUCUACUUCCUCGCCGGCUUCUCCUACGACAGAGACCAAUUCCUUAUUUGCGUGGGAACCUCCGUUCUCCUUGCUUGGUGCUCAGUGUCCUUCGGUUACUUCCUCUCCUGCAUGUCGCCAAACCUCAGCGUGGCGGUGCUCGUGAUGGCGCCCUUCCUCCUCGUCAUGAGGUUGCUCAGCGGCUUCUUCAUCAAUCUUAGGUCCAUUCCGUUCUUCAUGAAGCUGGUCAGCUAUCUGUCGUGGUUCACUUACGGCAACGAAGUGCUGCUCAUCAACCAGUGGGCGGGUGUCACCAACAUCACCUGCUCUCCGACAGCCACCAGGUGUUACCCUGACGGCACCGCCAUCCUGGAACAACUCAACUUUUCAGAGGAAGACUUCGUCUCUGACCUGAUUUCUCUCGGCCUCCUCAUCGUGGGUUACAGAGUCAUCGCCUACAUCAUCUUCCACCUGCAGACCAUGAGAUCCAAGCCCCGCAGAUCAAGGAAGGACGUCGCCUGCAUCCAGCACACACCUCUCCACACCACUCACUGCAACACACUUGUGGAACACUUCCUGCCUGCCACGCUGGCCGUUAGUCUUAUUACUGAGUAUAUCUUGGAGCAACACGGCCAGCGCUCUUCGGUAGCAGAGUACACACAGGAAGCCCUGGUGGCUCAGCUGGCGGUGUUUGGCAUCUUUACUCCAUUCGGCUCCACUUCAGUUUAUUGUCCCCGCAAGAAGCCAAGAACAACGUUGGAGGCACUGUGUCCAGAAUUUAUUAGCAUCCCCGCUGCUCACUACCCUCAGAGGCCUCCAGAUCCUGCGAUGUCCUGCCUUAUCACCUGCAAAUAUCUCCACGUCUCUCGGCCAGCAGCAAGUCAGCGCCACACCCUCAACCUGCCGUGCCUCUCACUACUCUCUUCUCAUGACCCCGGCAUACAUUUCUUUCUGUACCGCGCGGGAGAAACCAGAGAGAUGAGUGAUGGGGGAAGUGUUGACUGGAACCGGCCUCGCCGCCGGUCCCUCCCGACCGAGGAAUUUGGAAUGGCCGGAAAUCCUAAUCCUAUGGGCGUUCCCUUCUUCAGGAACAUGCCCACGCUGGGGACGGAUCAGCAGGAGGAGACAGCGUCCCUCUUAGGCUCCGAGCACGUCAUCACCCAGUCCUCCAGCUCAGACACCUUCUCCUCCAAGCCGGACGACUACACCGCCUCAGGGAAGCACUAUGGGUACGGCACGUGGGGCCACAAGCAGGAGGGCAUCACGCUCACCUGGCAGGAACUAAGUGUGUACGUGCCGCAGAAGAAGGGAUGGUUCCAGACCGACUACAGCCAGUACCGCCCUUUCAAGAGGGUGCUGAGCAAUGUUUCGGGCGUUGUUCGGCCUGGCAGUCUCGUGGCGCUUAUGGGAGCAAGCGGGGCGGGAAAGUCCACUCUGAUGAACGCCUUAGCGCACAGAACUCCGGGCGGCGUGGUGGUGGACGGGGAGAUUCUGGUCAACGGGCAUCGGGUCAACAGCGCCAUGACCUCGUUGGCCGGCUACGUGCACCAGGAUGACCUCUUCGUGGGCUCCCUCACCGUCAAUGAACACCUGACCUUCAUGACUCGCCUGAGGAUGGACCACACCAGCACCAGCAAACAGAGACAAGCACGGGUAAUGGAACUCCUGAAGGACCUUGGGCUGCUGAAGGUGCAGAACACUCGUAUCGGUAUUCCCGGCAGCGACAAGUCCCUCUCAGGCGGCGAGAGGAAGCGUCUUGCCUUUGCCACAGAGAUCCUGACUGACCCUCCACUUCUGUUCUGCGACGAGCCCACUACCGGCCUGGACUCCUACAACGCCAGGAAGAUGGUGAAGAUCAUGAAGGACAUGGCCUCGCGCGGCAAGACCGUUCUGUGCACUAUUCACCAGCCUUCGUCAGAAGUCUUCAUGAUGUUUGACAAGCUGCUUCUGUUAGCCGAGGGGCGCGUGGCUUACAUGGGGUCUUCUGUGGGCGCCCUUGAGUUUUUGGAAAGUCUGGGUCACAAAUGUCCGGCAACUUUCAACCCAGCCGACUACUACAUCCACACCCUCGCAGUCUUCCCUGGACACGAGGCUCGCUCCAGGGAACGCAUCAGGAGGAUAUGUGACAACUUUGCCGUUUCUGCUUACUGCAAGGACAUCGACAUCACCAUUCAGUACCAAGACAACAUCAAGAUUGCCAAUAUGGAGUGUGGAAGCACAUAUAAAGACGAGCCGUUCUUCAAAAAAAUACCAAAGAAGCCAGGCUGGUUAGUGCAGUGGUGGUGGCUGACAUGGCGCUCACUGGUCGACUCCUACAGGAACCCCGCUAUUCACUCCAUCAGGAUCAUGCAGAAAAUUUUGAUCGCGGUUCUCAUCGGCAUCUGCUACACCAACGUGCAAGUGAACCAGGCAGGAAUUCAGGACAUCGAGGGAGUGCUGUUCAUCUUCAUCACAGAGAACACCUUCCCUUCGCUCUACGGGGUGCUCAACAUCUUCCCGCAGGAGAUGCCGCUGUUCCUCAGGGAGUACAAGAACGGGAUAUAUCGCUCCGACACCUACUACCUGUCGAAGAUGAUCUCCCUGAUACCUGGCUUCAUCGUGGACCCUCUGAUAUUCUGCCUCAUCUGCUACUGGAUGGUGGGCCUCCAACGGCACUUCUAUCACUUCGCCAUGACGGUUCUCAUCACCAUCUUCACUGCCAACACAGCGUCUGCGUGUGGUUCCAUGUUCUCGGCGAUGUUUGAGAGCAUUCCCUACAUCAUGCUCUUCCUCAUUCCCUUCGACGUGGUGCUCCUCAUCUCUGGCGGACUCUUCAUCAACCUCACGACCAUGCCGUGGUUCAUCGGGUGGGUGAAGUACCUGUCCUGGUUCAUGUACAGCAAUGAGGCGCUCACCAUCACACAGUGGCUGGACGUCACCAACAUCACGUGUGAAAUGCCGCCAGGUGUGCCCUGCAUCCACACGGGCAAGCAGGUGAUCCAGGAGUACACCUUCGACCCUUCACACUUGUCUCUUGACUUCGGCUUGAUGGCGGUGCUGUACUGCUGCUUCCACCUCGUCGGCUUCUUUGGACUGUACCUGCGAGCCAAGAGGAAGUAACACACUAGUCCUCGCAAACCCUACAGAGACAUACGUAACACUGAUUUGUUUUAAUGUGCUUCCAAAUGUUGCACAAACAAAACUAUUCACACUACAAGUUCCUCGACAUGUCACCUUGGAAGAAAUAUGAACACAAUGUCGAGCACCAAACCUGUUGCCCCGUGCAGCUCAUGAGGUUUGGAUUAACUUGUGUCUUGUGUUCAUUGGUCAUGGUGGUGGUGCCGCUCAUCACCAACACCUGUGAUGGGCGCAGGCAGUUAUGUGGUACUCAGUCAUCACAUGAGCUGCGCGCCAGAUGAUUAAUUAGAUGAGUAAGUUACAGGAAAUCAGCGUUUUGACCAUAGAGGAGAUGGUUAUGUAUACAAGUGGCGCCAGUUGAAUUCAAUGUUAGCCGUGCUUUGUGCCUCACCACGCAUCAGGUUCAUGUUGUUGACUCCUUAGUGAAAUUGAAUCAGUAUUUCCAUUGUACACUUUCCUCUCCAUUCGCAAUAUUCGUAAUAUUCUUUGUGAUGGCUUACAUAUGUUUUGUAAUAUGUUGUUAUAUGUUUGUAAAUUUCAUUCAUACUGAUGAUGUUCCUGGCAUGACAGUGUGGAUGUGUUAGCUUACCUGACGAGUAAACUUGACGAACUGUU